AUGGCGAUAACUCUUCCUGAGGCGUAUUUUGUUUCUCUUGCCCUGGAAAUGCUUUUCUAUGGAAUGUAUACUUGCCUCUUCGCAGGCUCACUAUAUCUCAUGGUGUUCAAACGGAAGAAAACGAAGGUCAUAAUUGUUAUGAUCAUCUUGAAUACCAUCAUGUGGGCUUUGGCGACAUCGCACAUGGCGGUUAGCUUCCAGCAAAAUUUCCAUGCAUUCCUGCGAGAACAUGGAGCAGACAGAUCAGAAGUUUUUGAGGACAAUGCGUCUCCGAGUAUUUACUCACAGCUCUCUCUCGAAUCCAUCAAUUUUGUUAUCGGCGACGGAGUCGUCAUCUGGAGGGUUUGGGUUCUGUGGAAUCGUAAACGUUGGAUACUCGUCAUAUCCGCCACCCUACUGCUAACUACCUUUGUGGGAGCUAUUGGAGUUGUACGAUCAUUCGCAACUGCUCCUCAGGGUGUCAGCGUGUUCGAUAAUCGCAGCUUGACUGCCUGGGGCCUAGCUUUCAUUGCAUCAACAUUGACCACGAAUAUCUGGGCUACAACUCUCAUUGCCUACCGUACAUGGUCCCACAACAGAUUAAUUCGCUCCAUAACAGGAGAGGCCUUCAUGGUCCGUUUGGGUCGACAAAACGGCAUUCUCGCGAUCUUGAUCGAAUCUGGUAUUUUGUAUUCCUGCUCUUGGUUCGUAGCAAUUGUUAUCAUUAUUUGCGGGAACAAUGGGGUUUAUGUCGUGAUUGAUAUGCUUUCCCAGCUCACGGCUAUCUAUCCUACGCUUAUCAUGACUUUGGUUUGCUUGAAGUCGACUCUGGAUGUAGCCAUGGAGACAUUUCGCCAGACAACGCAGUCUGGCCAACCUACACAAUGGGCUGUCAGGGCUAACCCCGAUGCCAGCUUGACUAAUGGUACAAUAUCAUCGUAUCCGAUGCGCUCUUUACCAGUCAAGAUUGGUGUAAAAACGACAACCCAUACUGACUCACAAGAAUACGAAAGCGGGAAUAGCGUUGGUGGAUAUACAGUCGACGAAAAUUUAAAACCGCAGAGGUGGUUGGAUGACAAAGUUCAUGCUGUGUAA